UAAGAUGAUCCCUCCUCCUCCAGAGCUGACGGUGUAAGCGAGUGCUGCUCGAGACAGGAAGGGCUGCUGAGCACUGAAUGCUAACAAGGGGGAGAGAGAGUACAUGUCCACGGCGAGCGGAAAGGUGGGGGGUUCAACAGCGAGAUAUGGAGAAAUACAAUUAACCUGCAAUGUGCCAACGCCAAAUUCACGCCGAUCACAACCAUCCUCACCACCGAUCAUCAUCCUCAUCCUCACCGCCACCAACAGCGCGAGCGUCCUCGUCUUUUUUCUCCUAAGUGAAAUGUAUCGGGACUGCAUGGGAUCUUUUUUCUGACAAUGGAGAUUGAGAAUAUCGUGGCCAACACCGUGCUGCUGAAGGCGAGGGAAGGAGGAGGAGGGAAACGGAACGGGCGGAGCAAGAAAUGGAAGGAGAUGCUUAAACUGCCUCAUGUCAGCCUCUGUGAGGAACUUCGACGCACUAUCGAGAGGGAUUACACAAGCCUUUGUGAGAAGCAACCAAUUGGUCGUCAGUUGUUUCGGCAGUUCUGUGACACUCAGCCCAAAUUACGGCGGUGCAUAGAGUUCCUGGAUUCUGUGGCAAUGUAUCAGGUGGCUCCGGAUGAGAAGAGAAGAGACGUCGGUUUAAAUAUUUUAGACACAUAUUUUAAUAAUGGGUCGGCAGCUCAUCUACCAGAGAUCGCUCAGGAUGUGGUUGGGGACUGCAGGCAGAAACUGGAACAGAGUCCCUGUAAAGAGCUGUUUCAGGCGUGUACCAGGAUAGUUCGUGAAUAUUUAAGUGGAGAGCCAUUCUCAGCGUAUCAGGAGACAAUGUACUUUUCCCGUUUUCUUCAGUGGAAGUGGUUGGAGAGGCAACCAGUUACCAAAAACACUUUUAGACACUACAGGGUAUUGGGCAAGGGCGGAUUUGGUGAGGUUUGUGCCUGCCAGGUUCGUGCCACUGGUAAGAUGUACGCCUGUAAAAAGCUGGAGAAGAAACGGGUGAAGAAAAGAAAAGGUGAAGCAAUGGCAUUAAAUGAAAAACGCAUUUUAGAAAAAGUUAACAGUAGUUUUGUAGUUUGUUUGGCAUAUGCAUAUGAGACUAAGGACGCUCUGUGUUUGGUGUUGACUAUAAUGAACGGUGGUGACCUGAAGUUUCAUAUCUAUAACAUGGGAAACUCAGGCUUCGAUGAACAGCGUGCCAUCUUUUAUGCAGCAGAGAUCUGCUGUGGCUUAGAGGACCUUCAUCGAGAGAGGAUCAUCUACAGAGACUUGAAGCCUGAGAAUAUUCUCCUUGAUGACCGUGGGCACAUUCGUAUUUCUGAUCUGGGACUGGCCGUCCAAAUUCCAGAGGGUGAGACGAUACGAGGGCGCGUUGGCACGGUGGGAUACAUGGCACCGGAGGUCAUUCAGAAUGAAAGCUACACCUUCAGUCCCGACUGGUGGGGUUUGGGCUGCCUGAUAUUCGAAAUGAUUCAGGGUCAGUCUCCUUUCCGUCGCCGCAAAGAGCGGGUGAAGCGAGAGGAGGUGGACCGCCGUGUGUGCGAGGACCAGGAGGAAUACACUGAGAAGUUCGCUGAAGAUGCUAAAGACAUCUGCCGACAGUUGUUAUGUAAAGAUCCAAAGGAGCGUUUGGGGUGUCGAGGCUGUGGAGCGGCUGAAGUCAAACAGCAUCCUAUUUUCCGAAACAUCAACUUCAAGCGAUUGGAGGCCAACAUGCUAGACCCGCCGUUCUGUCCUGAUCCACGUGCUGUGUAUUGCAAGGAUGUUCUGGACAUAGAGCAGUUUUCUACAGUCAAAGGUGUAAACCUGGACCCUACAGAUGAUGACUUCUACCACAAGUUUGUAACAGGAAGUGUCUCCAUCCCAUGGCAAAAUGAGAUGAUUGAGAUGGAGUGCUUUAAAGAGAUUAAUGUGUUCGAGAUGGAUGGAGCACUGUGUUCUGAUCUGGAUGUGAACAAGCCAAAUCCAGCACCCAAGCGAGGAUUCUUCUACCGUUUAUUCCACCGAGAGGCAAGUGCUAGCGUGCCGCCCGCUGCGCUCAAAGGGGGUGGGGCUUGAGGUUUGUUUUAGGAGUGCCAACAGUGAGGAGGAGGAGCCAUCUUGACCUAAAACCACUCCCACUUCCCAUCAGCUGCCAAUCAGAAUGCUAAACGUAUGAAUGUUCAACUGUAUUUAUGAACUGUAUUAAACUGUAUCAUAAUUAAAGUAAAGGGUAUGAGUUUAAAGAAUUUUGUACAUUUGUACUUGAAUUAUGUGUAGAUGUAUAUUUUCACUAAAGGUUGUAUUGUACAAAAAGCCAUAGAAAUACCACUUGAAUGCAUAUAUAAUGUUUUUAUUGUUAUUAUUUUUCAUCUGUACUGAAUAUGAAAUGUGUAUUUCUUUUUAAGCACAAUAUAAACACUCACUUUUAUUUUUUUAAUGCUAACCUCCUGUUAGCGCUGCCUUUUGUUUGUACGUUAGAUUGUUUGGCUGGACAGAUUUGGUGCGCUUGUUUUGUACAGUGGGGUAAGAUAAAUUAACAUAAAGAAAGGAGUACAAAUGAUCCAUUCAUCAUUAUCAUUUCUAGUGGUCAGCUGAAAUGGGUUGAUGGCUGAUGGUCAAUUGCUGAUAAAAACUGUAUAGUCUACAUAUACAGUGGGGUCCAAAAGUCUGACAACGCUAAUUUCUAAUUCAGUGCAAUUUUUAAAUACAAAUUAUAUGAUCAGAAUAACAAUUUGAGUAAAGGUUGAAUUGGAAAUUAACCAGAAUAUUACAAUGCGUCAAACCAAAUUUGUUUAUUUGAUUAGUAAACUACACAAAAAAAAAACAUUGGUGUAGAAACAAUUUUCACUCAGAAAAUGCUAGUAAAUGCACUCCAGUGUUUUAUUUACAAAUUCGAAAAAUCAUUUUUACAGUGUAGCAAUCUGAUAUACUUCAUGUUCAUUUUUCUGUUUUAAAUGUUUUCAUUCUUUUAAAGCAUUCUGUUUAUUUCUAGUUUUAAAAUACAAUGUAGAAUCCUACAUUUUCAGUGUAGCCUCAGACUUAUGAACUCCACUGUAUAUAUUUUUCAAACAAAAAUUGUGUUUUGACAAAGCUUUCGGUGGAUUUUUGUACUGAUACAAGGAAGCGUUAACACUUGUGUUACUGAUAAUGGGAGUGCCAGUAGCUAGUGCCAAUAGCCUCAAAAUGACCAAAUAUCGGACAAUUAAUUAGCCUGACUGAUAUAUCAGUCUGUUUCUAGUCAUGACCAUUUCCCCAUAGCUUCCAUGCAGUUCAUGCAGUUGUAAAGAAGUGCAUGAACAAGUAAUUCCUACAUCUUGGAUCUUUGUGCAUCAGGUGACUAAUACCUGUUUUGGUCAUGUGCAUAAACAAAACAAAAACACACAUUUGUUCUAAUUUUGAAACAAUCGGACAUAUUGCGUAAUUGCCCACUGAUAAACAGUUUACAGUGGCUGAUACCAGUGCCGAUAUCUAGAGAGCAGGAUGGCUGAUGUAAUGCUGAAAUAUAUAUAAGUAAAUAAUUAAUUUAAAGGAAUAGUUCACCCAAAAAUUUAAAUUUAGGUCAUACAAGAUGUAGAUCAGUUUGUUUCUACA